GAGCCGGAGCCGGAGGCAGCGCCCAGCCCCGCCGCUGCCAGAGGCUCGGCGGUUGCCGGACGGGGCGGACGGCGGCUCCCGGCGCAGCCCGGCUCCCGGGGGGAGCAGCGGGGGGGCGCCAUGGCCGACGUGUUCGCGGGCCACGAGCCCGGCGCGGCCCCGGACGUGGUGCAGCGCUUCGCUCGCAAGGGAGCCCUGAGGCAGAAGAACGUGCACGAGGUGAAGGAGCAUAAAUUCACCGCGCGCUUCUUCAAGCAGCCCACGUUCUGCAGCCACUGCACCGACUUCAUCUGGGGAUUUGGGAAACAAGGAUUUCAGUGCCAAGUUUGCUGCUUUGUGGUUCACAAGAGGUGCCAUGAAUUUGUUACCUUUUCUUGUCCCGGUGCAGACAAAGGGCCUGACACUGAUGAUCCCAGAAGCAAACAUAAGUUUAAAAUCCACACAUAUGGAAGCCCGACAUUCUGUGACCAUUGUGGGUCAUUGCUGUAUGGACUUCUACAUCAAGGGAUGAAAUGUGACACUUGCGAUAUGAAUGUUCACAAACAGUGUGUAAUAAACGUCCCAAGUCUGUGUGGAAUGGAUCACACAGAGAAGAGAGGAAGGAUUUAUCUGAAAGUUGAAGUCAGUGGUGACAAACUGCAAGUCACAGUACGAGAAGCAAAAAACUUAAUCCCUAUGGAUCCAAAUGGACUUUCAGAUCCAUAUGUGAAGCUGAAACUUAUCCCUGACCCUAAGAAUGAAAGUAAACAAAAAACAAAAACUAUCCGUUCCACUCUAAACCCACAUUGGAAUGAGUCAUUUACAUUUAAAUUGAAACCUACGGACAAAGAUCGACGGUUAUCUAUAGAAGUUUGGGACUGGGAUCGAACAACUAGAAAUGAUUUCAUGGGAUCUCUAUCAUUUGGGGUGUCAGAGCUUAUGAAAAUGCCAGCGUGUGGAUGGUACAAGUUGCUUAAUCAAGAAGAAGGUGAAUACUACAAUGUCCCAAUUCCAGAAGCUGAUGAUGAUGGAAAUGUAGAACUCAGACAGAAGUUUGAGAAAGCCAGACUUGGGCCAGCUGGUAACAAAGUCAUUACUCCAAUAGAAGAUAGGAUUUCCAAUAUACCAUCCAACAACCUGGACAGUGUGAAGCUGACAGAUUUCAACUUUCUCAUGGUGCUUGGGAAGGGGAGCUUUGGAAAGGUGAUGCUGGCCGACAGGAAGGGGACAGAGGAGCUGUAUGCAGUCAAAAUAUUGAAAAAAGAUGUGGUGAUUCAGGAUGAUGAUGUGGAAUGUACCAUGGUUGAAAAACGAGUCCUAGCGCUGCAGGAUAAGCCACCUUUCCUAACCCAGCUGCAUUCUUGCUUCCAAACAGUUGAUCGUCUGUACUUUGUUAUGGAGUAUGUGAAUGGUGGUGACCUCAUGUAUCACAUUCAGCAAGUAGGAAAAUUUAAGGAGCCACAGGCAGUGUUUUAUGCAGCUGAGAUUUCAAUUGGGCUAUUCUUUCUCCAUAAAAGAGGAAUUGUUUAUAGAGAUCUGAAGUUAGAUAAUGUGAUGUUGGAUUCAGAAGGACACAUAAAGAUUGCAGAUUUUGGGAUGUGCAAAGAACAUAUGGCAGAUGGCGUAACAACUAGGACAUUCUGCGGCACUCCAGACUACAUUGCACCAGAGAUUAUUGCUUAUCAGCCCUAUGGAAAAUCAGUAGAUUGGUGGGCCUACGGCGUGCUGUUAUACGAGAUGCUAGCUGGCCAGCCUCCAUUUGAUGGGGAGGAUGAAGAUGAACUCUUCCAGUCCAUAAUGGAGCAUAAUGUGUCCUAUCCUAAAUCGUUGUCCAAAGAAGCUGUUUCUAUCUGCAAAGGGUUAAUGACAAAACACCCUGCAAAAAGGCUUGGCUGUGGGCCUGAGGGAGAGCAAGAUGUCAGGGAGCAUGCAUUCUUCAGGAGAAUCGACUGGGAGAAACUGGAGAACAGAGAGAUUCAGCCGCCAUUCAAGCCUAAAGUGCACUUCUGUACCAAAAUGCACUGGCUUCAGUGGGCAUCGAGGUAUUCGUGUGGCAAAGGUGCUGAAAACUUCGACAAAUUCUUUACUCGAGGACAACCAGUGUUAACACCGCCUGAUCAGCUGGUCAUUUCUAACAUAGACCAAACAGAUUUUGAAGGGUUCUCCUAUGUCAACCCACAGUUUGUACACCCAAGCUUACUAAGUGUAGUAUGAAGCUGAUAGACAUGAACAAACCACACAGUGGAAAAUGGACCUUUGCCCUAGAAUUUUUAGGCCUUUGCCUUGUUGGUUUCAGUUGGGCCUGGAAAUUGUAGAGUAAAAAGUUCAGGAGGAGGGGGAGGGAAAAGGACACUCAUUCAGGAUUUGGCUUUGCAACAAAGAGAAGUUGUCUUAGUAGGAGCUCAUGUAAUAUACAGUGCCCAUUUAUUCACACUACUGGCUGUAGGGUUACUCUUAUGAAGUCAGCCAUUUUUGGUCUAUUUUAAUAUAUUUGCAUAGUUUCUAUUGACCUUUUCCAAUUCCCCUCCAGCACUGGAAAAGCAUAUUAGAAAGAAUGAAACAGCAUCAAGUAGACUGAAAAAAAAGAAACCCCCCUUAAAAUGGAAAGUCUUCAGUCCUUAAAUGUGGAUAGCAUGGAAUGUGAGCCCUCGGCCCUGAGGGACUACUCUUCCUUUUGGUCUUCCUGAAGAAACAGCACAAGUGACUGGAAGGGAGGGGUAGCUGGGGGGCGGGGAGGAGCACUGUGUAAGAUUGCUCAAAGCAAGACGUGUCAAAACUACUGCUUUUACGUACCAGGUUGGUUUUUUUAAGGAAAUAAAGUCGGACUCUUGGGCUCUGAGACUCACUUGCAGACACAAAUUUAAACAGAUUUUCAGUAGCAGCCAGAUAUUUAGGACUGAUGGUAACUAGCACGCAGGGCAAAUAUUAGCUCAAGGAUAAAAUUGCAUAAUUAAUAGUAAUAAAAAUAAUAAUACUUGUGUUAACUUUAAUCUCCAUGAGAUUAUUCUGUGAUCCAGGGUGCCAUUGUUAGUUAUAUUAAUUUAAUUUACACCACUACUCAAGUUCAUUGUUAGCCAGUUCUAUUAAUACCAAUAUUUUGCUAUAAAACUUUUGUUAACCAGAGUGUGAAACAGAACCGUAACCCCUUACAACCCACUCACGCUUAUUCAUUUAGUAGGCUGCAGAACAGGGUAGCAGAGGAGAGCACUGUGUGCAGUAAGUUAAUGACAGUGCGGAGUUCAGAGUCACUUCCUGCUUUCCCCAGGGUAACUUAGAAAAAUAUGAGGGUUUUUUGGUCUAAAUUCCACUUUAAAUAUUGGUUAAAAACCUGUGGAGCUGUAGAACUGAAAUAAAAAGCAGUUAAAAAUUGUUUUAUUGGUAGAAGGGAAUUUAAUACAUUUUGCAGAUGCUUCAUGCAAUGAAUUUUGCAUGUUUAAUAAUAACCCUUAAUAAGCAAAUCUCUAUUGACAUAAUCGUAUCAAGUAUAGAGUAUUAAAAAAAUUAUAAGACAAAAUUGUGCUAUGUUUGUGAAGGUUCUUGUUCUAAAUGAGCAUUAUUAUUUAGAUUUAGCUUAAUGUUUUAUUGCUAAUUUUUUCUGUUUUUGUUUUGUUUUGUUUUUUUAGUUUAUGGAUAUGGUCAAUGGAAUAGGAUAUGCUAUUUUUCUUUUAAAUGUAGAUCUAUUUUUAAACAAUAAUGGCUACCUGCAGGUUUUAUACAAGAUUCAAUGAUGCUUCUAUUUCACAUCUAUUACUUGCAAAAAAGAAAAUAGAUUUUCUUUAUUUGCAGUGAUGAACACUGUAAUUAAUGCAUCUUCUCUUGUAGCAAUCACCUGGUUAAAAUGAUUGAUAUUUCCUUUUAGAUCUUACUAGAAGAUAUUGAUUCAAAGAUCAGUAAAUACUUUUGUGCAUAUUUUGGUUCCAUGAUGGCAUGUAAAUUGGUAUAGUCAUUUCCUUUUCCUUUUGCCUUGCUAAUGUUAGCGAUCUUAGACAUAUUUUGCCUUCCGGAUGUGCAUGUCAGUGCCAGAAGCAUGUUGUCUCUUUUGCUGCAUGCAGAGUGAUCUACCGUUUUUUCCCCCAGCAUGUAAACUUACUCUCAUGCAAAGUAAAAUAUUUCCCAUAAAAUACUUAUGAACGAAUCGGAAUCUGUAACGAAGGGUGCAAUUUCCUUAACAUCAGUUUUCUAUUACAAUAGAUCAUCUAAACUGUGCCAAAAUACUGUGGAAGGGCACAAUCCUGUAAACUGUUACUCAUAUGACUAUUCCUUACCUCCUUGAGCAAUCUCACAGAUUGCAGCGGAGUUAUGUCUGGGUGAAAUUCAGCCAUGUGCAGAUGGCCAGUAUAAAGCUUAUGUGUCUCUUCUAGUCUCAAAAGUUGAGGGUGUCAGUGGUGCAUAGUCCUCAUGACCUGUGCUGAUCUUUUGCACAGGAAUGGAUUUCACCCACAGAUACUCCUAUUGCAAUCUCUGGGACCACUCUCAUAAGAAAAGGUCUACUCAUGUGAGUAUGAGUUUUUGGGAUCAAGCUCAAAGUGAAUGAGUAAUCCUGGGCUACUGGUAAAAUGGACCAUUUCUGAGAUCUUAGAGAAGCACGCUGCAAAUGAGGAGCACGAUAAACAAACCAGAGCUCAAGCUAUUGCUGAACUACAGAAACUUUCAAACAAAAUUUAAAAUUAUUUUAGGAAUAAUAAUUUAAAACAAAAUCUGUGUCAAAACAUUAAGUUAUCUGCCAAACCUGAGAAUGAAUUGUCUUGUUUGUGUAUCAUACAUAUCUUUAAAAACAUGGGUAUGCAACAUAAAGUAUGUGGACACCUGUAUAAUUUCAUGACCUUCUAUAUUAUUGUAAUCUACUAGCAUUGAACUCCUGACACAGGCUAGGGACAGCAAGGCAUCAAGCCACAUUUGAUGAUGGGUUCAGUAGAUUACUUCAGAGGCUCAGAUUUAGAAUAAGGGGCUGUUAACAUCACAGCCACCGAUAUUGACGGGAGCUGUCAUUAAAUGUACUCUAGGGGUACAUCUGCCCUGCAAUAAAAAACCUCCAGCACCUAGUCUCAGAGCCUGGUCAACUGAAUUGGGCUCGUGGUGUGCAGGGCUACAGAUUCCAGUGCAGAUGUUCAGGGUCGGGCUUGUGCCUGGUCUCUGAGACCCUCCACCCUUGCGAGGCUUCGGAGCCACGGCUGCAGCCCAAGGCCAAAGAUCUAUACUGCAAUUUUUAGCCCCACAGCCCGAGUCCUGCAAGCCUAAGUCAGCUGACUCAGGCCAGUCAUGGCUGAGCCAGUAGUCUUUUAUUGCAGUGUUGGUGUACCCUUGGAGUAUGAUGAUGGGUGUUAGGCAACAGAGAGACUUUGAAAAGGAAAAAUAGAAAAGGAUAGCAGAGCACAGGAGAUCUAGAGAUGAGAGAAGCCACUGGGGAGAAAUGGAAGAGAGCCAAGCUGGACAGGAGAUUGGUAGACAAGAUAUGGAACUUCUGUUUUCCUUACGUGAUAUCAGUGGUGAAGUGGAGCUAUGGAAUUUAUAAGUUGUAGACCCACAUUUUAAAUGUUAAACAGUACUGUGCCUACUGGGGCAUAGCAUUAAAGGGCUGGUCCAACAUCCAAACCUCAAAAAGAUUUGCUUUUGUUCAUUUCCUCAAGAUCUUUCAUUUUUAUUUUCUUAAGCACUUGCGCAUGCUCUGCAGUUGGUAAGGUUAAAAACAGGAAGUCAUCUCUGAUCGUGUUACCUCAAAGUUCCUGUGUUUGGGACCUCUCCUGUCUUCUUGUGUAAGUUUUUGUAAUGCUAAAAAGGGGUACUGUGAACUCGCCCAUCCUGCAAGAAUAAGGCAGUAUUGUGCAGAACUGUCUGAAAGUGACUGUCUAGACAAGUUAUCGUUAAUUAACUACUAUACCUUACUCAUGAGGUUUCAUAUGAGGCCUGAUGUUAGGACCAGCCCUUUACACGCAAUUUAAAAGGCACAUCCAGUGAUUUCCUCAUGAUUUGGAAAUGCGUUAUAGAAAGUAAAACCCUAAGUGUACGGCAAAAGUGUUUCUAAUGCCAUUUUAAUACAGCUGUUGUUUAUUUAUCAGAUAUCUAUAUACAGGUGUGGCUGUCCAGAGAACUUUGGUUAACAUGAGUAGUCAACGUUAAAAUGACCUCAUUUAAGUUAGAACCUUUCCCGUUGAGACAACAAAACCCCCUGAUAUCAUGAGUUUGUAAAACUAGAACUGACGUUUUGUUGCAUUAAUAUUUAGGUGAAAGUUUUAAGAGCCUGAUUUUAUAAGUCCCUGGAUGGACUCUGCUCCUGUUGACUUCUGAAGGAGUUGAGAGUGCCCAGGACCCCCACGAUUAGGUCAUACUGACACUAUGCUGCAGCAGUUGUAGGUGCCUGUUGGAGAUUAGUUGGGCUGAGGGCCGAUAAAUAUAGAGAUGUCCCAAAGAGGCUGUUAAAAUCUCAAUUCAUAGGGAAUUUUAACUAUUGAGAAAAAGUUUUGGCUUCAGGCUGCUAAUCUGAAACUGCUUGCGAUUGACCAUGUUCCAUUUUUCCCCUAAAAAAAAAAAAACCCCCCUAAUCAACUGCAUAUUUUUAAAACUAGUGUGUUUUUUAAAAAAAAAAUUACAAGUAACAUAUCUCUACAUAAUGUGUUAGAAACACUCUCUGUAGAUGCAAAACUCUGUCCAUUUCCCAGGUUGAGGCAAAAAGACAGCUGCAUUAGUGGGUAAGCCGUGAAAUAAAUGGAGUCUAUGUGUUCCUGUCUGUAGGUGAAAUCCACCCCUAUGCAGAGAGCUAGCACAAGCCUUGGAACCACUUAAGUCACACGUAAGCCCUCAAGGAAUGAAUUGGUUCCUAGGCCUCCUACUGGUCCUCUUCAUGGGGUGGAUUUUACUCUGUGGGCAAAAUCCUUCCAGUCUUUAUUCACGUCCUGUUGAUUUCAGUGGGAUUACUUGGGUGAGGUAAGGACUGCUACGUGAAUACAGACUUGAAAGACAGAGCCAGUUGAUCUGCAGUCCAUUCCUAUUGCUAUCAACAGGAAUUGCACAUGCAUAAAGAGAGAAUACACUCCGAACAUUGAAAAUUCCAACGUAACCCAGGUUAGAAAUGCGGGGGAGGAGGAACGGACAUUUAGCCUUUAGACCUUUCAUACUCUGCAGAAAUAAAGGUUUCUUUUAGAACCUAAAUACAAUUACACUGUCAAAACCAUCCAUUAGUGAAUAAAGCAGGGGUGGGCAAACUUUUUGGCCCGAGGACCACAUCUGGGUGGGGAAAUUGUAGCAGGGCAGGGGGUUGGGAUGCGGUGUGUAAGAAGGGGCUCAGGGCAAGUGGUUGGGGCACAGGAGGGGUGCAGGAUGUAUGAGGGGGCUCACGGAAGGGGGUUAGGGUACAGGAGGGAUGUGGAGUGCAGGAGGCGGCUCAGGUCAGGGGGUUGAGGUUCAGGAAGGGGGUUGGGGUGCAGGAAGGCUGUGGGAUGCAGCAGGGGGCUCAGGGCAGGGAGUUGGAGUGCAGAAGGGGUGCAGGUGGGGGCCCAGGGCAGGGAGUAGGAGUGCGGGAUGUGGCAGGGGGCUCAGGGCAGGGAGUUGGGGUGCAGGAUGCAGGAGGGGUUCAGGCUCCGGCCCGGCGCUGCUUAGCUAGAGCGGCUCUGGGGUGGCAGCAGUGCACAGCGGGGCCAGGGCAGGCUCCCUGCCUGCCAGCCCCGGCCCCGCACCGCACCACUCUGGGAAGCAGCCAGCACCACGUCCCUGCACAGCCCUGGGGGGGGAGGGAGGGCAGAGGGCUCCGCAUGUUUCCCGCGCCUGUGGGUACCUCCCCAGAAGCUCCCAUUGGCCGUGGUAACCCGUUCCUGGCCAAUGGGAGCUUUGCGGAGAGGUACCCACAGGCAAGAGCAGGGUGCGGAGCUCUCUGCCGCCCCAACCCGACCCCCAGGGGCUGCAGGGACGUGGUGUGGCCGCUUCCCGGAGCAGCGGUGGCAAUCCUGCGGACCGGAUCCGGCCCAUGGGCCGUAAUUUGCCCAGCCCUGGAAUAAAGUAACCUACAGCAUGUGUACACUCUGAUCCUUUAAAAUCCUUCCUGUCCUGCAGGGUCAAUUCCAUUGGAAAACAACUGAGCUCCUGUAAAACAAACAAGGGGAAAAGCCUCUCUCCUUGUAGGAAAGGUGGAAUGUUAAAGGUCCAGAGUUGCAAUUCCUGAUGACACUUAUGGGUAUUGGUAUUCUACUGUUGAGAAUAGCCCACUUCCAAUUGAAUAGAAUUGUCUCGAUAGCACUGACCCCGCACUUGGUAAGGCAACUCCCAUCUUUUCAUGUACUGUGUAUAUAUACCUACCUACUGUAUUUUCCACUCCAUGCAUCUGAUAAAGUGGGUUUUAGCCCAGGAAAGCUUAUGCCCAAAUAAAUUUGUUAGUCUCUUAAGUAGUCCUCGUUGUUUUUACUUAUGGGUAUGUUUCCCUUCGGUGCAUGCACAUGACUCCAGUUAAACUGAGCGGGAGUUACAUGCAAUCAUCAAAGGGAGAAGAUACUCCAUACUAAGCAAAGCACAACAUUGGAAACACCAGUGAUAAAUCUUUGAUAGCAUUGGAAAGAAUAUUUGUAGUAUUUGGUUUGCAAUAGCUGUGCUAACCUGCCAAGGAAUUUCUGGAAAUGUAAUAUGAUUUUGUUUGUUUUAGUCAUUGCCAUAAAUUAUUGUAUAUGGUUUUUGUUUCUUUACAAACAUCUGUGUCAAAUACAGGAACUCAGUUAGAUCUGUGCUGUUAGUUAGGGAGACAUUUAGCUACAUUAAAAACUAAAAGACAGUAUAUAAAAGCCAAACCACUUUUUCCUUCAAUUCCCUAAACUUAGAAACUAUUUGAAAUGUUUAAAUGAAGUGUUAUACAAAAAUUGACACAGUAACCAUGUCUGAUUUCAUAUCAAUGAAUAGCGGUGCCAGUAAUGAUUGGUAAUUAAAUAGCCUUAUAAUGGAUUAUAGUCAUGCACUAAAGCCCUCUUGUUCAUAAGAAAAUUGAGAGGGGGGGUGCUCUCGUGUUCUGAGCACAGGUGUGGGAUACAUGAACAUGUGUUCUGAUCCCAGGUCGAUCACUGACUCCCUCUGUGGCCUUGGGCAAGUUACUUAACCUCUCUGCCUCAGUUUCCCCAUCUGUAAAAUGGGGAUAAUAAUACUUACGUCCUUCACCAGGUAUUGUGAGGACUACUUAAUUAAUGUUUCUAAUGCACUUUUAACAUGAAAAGUGUUAUGUAAUUGGAAGUAUUAUUAUAAUUUUUUAAUAAUAAAUAAAUCAGUUUAUUCAGUUCACAUGGUGUUGCUGGAUAUACCAUGCUAUUUAUACUUUUAUAUAACUUUAGUAAUUCUACUGAAACCAUUUAAAAGAAAUAACAUAUCUGUUUCUUGUAGGAUCUGGAGUACAGCUUAGCUCUUGUUAACUGAACUCAUAUCACAAUGUGAAGUGUUGCUUGCCAGUCGUGUAGAAGUCCGUUGCACUACCCAUUUUCCAACUACUGAGACUUUUUUGUGCAAUUUAAAAAAUUUUAGCAGAAUUGAUUGUAGAGCAAAAUUCCAUAUGGCUAAAUAAAAUUGACAGCCCAGCUGGUUUCUAGUCACGCUCAGUUAUCUCUUUUAACAGGGGGAAGUGAUCUUUUGUUUGCAGUUUUCCCAUCAGUGAGGAUUUUGCUCAGCUGGUAAUUUAACUUGCAUCUGUGAGGUGCUGGGCUCCUGCUUCAUCCAGCUCCAUGCUUAGCUACAGCGUCAUAGAUAGUUCAACUUGCAGGGGAAACAGCCCCAGACACUAUAUUUUUCUUCUAUCUGUGAUGACUGGCUAAAAAUUCUGUAAUGUUUAUAAAUCAUUUUAAGGAUAGAAAUGCAAAAGCAAUAGCAACAACAUUGAUCAUGUUGCAGGCCUUAGCCUGCUUCCAUUGAAGCCAUAGAGCUGGAUUUACUCUGGUUUAUGACUGGUGUAACUUCAUUCACUUAUUUUUAAUGUCCCCUGAAGUCCAGUGAUGCAAGGGCACAAUCCCGCUGCAAGUAAACUCAGGACGUUUUUCUAUUGACUUCAAUGGGAGUCAGAAUAGGUGGUAGGUGAGAUCCAAAUCUGUUGCCCUUUUAUGUCAAUGGGAGCAGACUGGGCCAUAUAUUAAUUUUUGAUUAGAAGGACCUGUCGUGAAAUCUUCAGCUAAUAGCAAGUUAUUUUUUAUAAUUUAUAAAUAGGUGAAAGAAACAGAUUUUAAGAACAAUAAUCUUUGUUUUUUUAAUCUUUAUGAGCCCCCAUUUUUUUUUUUUUUUUUUAGAAAAAAAGAAUAAUUUGAAUUGAUAAAGUAACAAACUGUUGGGUUUUCUUCCCGGUUGAACAAUUGUGCAGAAUCAGCAUUAUUUGCACCCUUGCCUGUAGGGCUCAGUCUUGCUGGUCACUCUGGCUCUGAUCCAGCCAAGCGCUUCAUGGUACUUUACUUUAAGCACAUGAGUAAUCCCACUGAAGUUAGUAGAACUACUCACAGGCUUGUAGCUCAGAAUGUGCUUCAGUACUGUACUGGAUCCAGGGUCAUCGUGCUCCACACCUUGCAGAACCGAGCCGUUAGCCCAGUUCAGUAAAGCACGUAAUCAUAUGCUUAAGUCCAUCUGUGCUUAACUUCCAGCAGCACAUGCUUAAGACCCAUUGAAGUCAGUGGGACUUAAACACAUGCUUGAGUGUUUUGCUGAAUUGGAGCCUUAGUGAGCAUUCUUGCUGUAGUAAGGCGAAGAGUUAACGCUGUCGAUUUAUUUCCCCAGAAAGAGUUUCAAAUGUAUUCCCUUCUUUGAGUUACGAGAAUGAAUGUAAAAGCUUAAAAAUGCAGCUCACAAUACUUGUACUUUUAGCAAGAUAAUGUCUGUCUUUUAUAGAAUACGCCUGAAACAUUUGAAAUCAUUGCAUUUGUUGUGUUAACAUUCUUUUAUUUUUUUAACAAGGAAUAAUAUCACCUUGAAAUCAUUAACAGUGAAGGAUAUCAUUUUAAGACACAAACUUUGUUUUUAUAAAGAGGAGAACAUUAUUUUCUUAUUAUUUAAUUGCAAGAUACUAUAGGAAAAUGUGGAGAGGUGAUUCAUUUCUCAAAAAAUAUUGGAAGAAUAGCUGGCAAGAUUGAUGUAUAAAUUACUGCAUUGUUUUUUCUUAGUUCUUUAACCUUUAAUCUUUGUUUGCAUGAUAUGCUUUUGUUAAAUAUUAAUUGUAGUUUGAAAGCAAGUGUGUCUGAAUAAAGAUGCUUGAUCAUU